CAUAACGGGACAGCUGUUACUUAAAGGUUAUGUUUAAAAUAUUAAUAAUAUAAAAACAACAGAAUGAGCAAUUUACUAAGAUUACUUGCAAAUCCAAGUAAAAAUGUUUGCAAUAAAACAACACCUGUACGACUUUUAAGCCGCCAACCACUAGCCCAAACUUUAAAGGAGGCCUUGACUUUGAAUACUAGAGUGUUUAGAUACAAACAACCAGUCACCAAAUCUUUUAGCGGUCUACAGCGUUCCAACUUAUGCACUAGAGCAUAUGACAUAAACACAAAUGUUACCAAAGAUGUAAUAUUAUACAAAUAUGAAAAUCCGGGAUUUUUUAAAACAUUAAAUAUAUUUGGUAUAUGUCAAUUUGUGUUUUGGACUUAUUUGUCUCAUUUUGCUUUUACCACACUGAGAGAUGCGCCGGUCGAGCAAAAAGAAGGCGUUGAGUUGAGAUGGUUUGAACGCAUAAAUUUAGGGGAAAAUAAAUAUCGUAAUGGCAUUACGGCCAUGAGUUUUCUUAUAGGCUAUGGUAUUUUGGCAGCCGUUUGGAUGUUCACUUUGCGCUCUGUGCGUUUCUUAAUUCUACGUAAAGGUGGUCGAGAUGUUACUCUAGUUACUUAUGGCCCUUUUGGUCAUAAUCGCAUAAUGACAGUACCCCUAAAGAGUAUAUCCGCCCAGCAGCCCAGAGAAAUGGCCGAAGUGCUUUUACCUUUAAAGGUGCGAAAUCGUUCACUGUUCUAUGUGCUUGAUAUGAAAGGAGAGUUUAAGAAUACCCAACUUUACGAUUAUACUGCCGGUCUUAAUAGACGUUUUUAAGGUUUAAAUAAAAUAGUCUAUUUAAUUUGUUAGUUAAUUAAUAAAUCAUUGUAAUUUAUUGUUGAAAAGUA